CUACCAUGGCUGAGUCUCCCACAGCUGAGCAGCUGAAAUCUAUUCAAGACACCACAGUGAAGAUGAGUACAGCUGAGGCACCUGUAGAAUUUUUCAUAGACUACUGGUUGGAUAUCCCCUCUCUGGUCAUUGCCCUGGUCGGGCUGGUGGGGAACAGCAUCGUCCUGUGGCUGCUGGGCUUCCGCACCCGGAGGAGCCCCUUCUCUGUCUACAUCCUCAACCUGGCCGCGGCCGAUGCCCUCUUGCUUGGCAGCUACUUUGUGUUGUGCAUGUGGAGAAUUGUUGGAGAUUUAAAAGAUCUUGACCUGGCACUGCUAGGGCCCUGCAUCCUAGGCCUGUUUUACUGUGUGGGUCUGAGCCUGCUGGCUGCGAUCAGCACCGAGCGCUGCCUCUCUGUGCUCUUCCCCAUCUGGUACAGAUGUCACCGGCCCAAGCACACGUCUGCUGCUGUGUGCGCCUUCCUAUGGGCUCUACAGGGCCUGAUCAGGGGAGCAUUUGUGGCGCUUUAUUUCCUUAACAAUUUCCACACCUUCGAUCUCUACUCCGUUCUCUUCUCAGUCCAUUUCGGCUGGUUCCUCCUCCUCACCCCUGUGCUCUGCCUGUCCAGCCUGACGCUUGUGCUGAGGGUCCAGUGCAGCUCCCAGCGCAGGCGCCCACCCAGGCUCUACCUCCUGGUGCUGCUCACAGUCCUCGUGUUCCUGCUCUGCGGCCUGCCCUUGGGGGUUAUUGAUUCUGUUUGGAUUUUUAGCCGCUCCCUUUUAAUGCCUCAUGGGCUCUCCAGGCUCCUGGUCUGUGUGAACAGCAGUGCAAACCCUUUCAUUUACUUCUUCCUGGGCAGCCAAUGGCGGAGAAGAGGGAGGGAGCCGCUCAGGGUGGUCCUGCAGAGGGCUCUGGGGGAGGAGCAGGUGGGAGGAGAUGGGGGGAGGGACACUUCCCACCCCAACACUCUGCAUGAAUUAUCCUGA